CCUUGAACUAACUCUGAAGCUUUCCCUCAUUCUCAGCACACUUCUUCCCCUCAAAACUUGAUAUACAAGCCGUCGCGAACUGUGUCUGUUGCGAUUCUGGACGAACACCAACACAUGCACCUACGAUGCGAUCCAAUUUCCUCACAUUAGGCUAUUAUGUCAGCCUUGCUUCAGCACAAUUCCAAUUCACAGUUCCAGAUCCAAAUGUUACGGAUCUCAGCGAACAUUGGGCGGUUGGGGAUACAAUGAAAAUCGCAUGGCAGGAAGGAUGGCAUGGAGUUCGCGACGAUCCUGGUGUCACGGAUCUAUGGAUCUCUUGGUUUCGAUCGGAUUCGUAUUCGCUAUUGCUUCUUUCGAAUGUGACGUUCGAUUCAUCCGGUAGCCUGGACUGGAAAGUCAACGUUAGCAAUGACGUUGUGAAAACCGAUCCGCAAUUCGUAUUACGGUUUAAGCCACACUCUAAUCCGCCUCUGUUUACGUCCACCGAUAACGAGUCCCCGAGCCGAGGCUUCAUUCUUCUCACAGGUAACGAACAAUCAUCCUCCGCUUCCUCUUCUGCAACUGCGCCGUCUACGUCUACGUCUACACCGUCUUCUACCACGGCAUCUGCCCAGUCGUCGAGCUCGACAAGUGAACCCAAUGCAAAGAAGAAGACGAAUGUGGGAGCAAUUGCGGGAGGAGUGCUAGGCGGAUUGGUAUUCAUAGGGCUUUUAUGCGCAGUUGCAUUAUUACUUCUCAAGCUUGCUAAAAAUAAGAAGAACGCACGGGAUGCAAAUAGAGGAGGGCAAGAAGGGUAUGGGGGGGCAGAGUUAGAGGAGGGGCUACCGAGACGAGAAAUGAUGACUGGACCGAGCGUGAAGUACAGCGCGAACGGGGCGCCAGCGACAGAGAUAUAUGGAAGGGAGGUUCCAGUUGAGUUGGAGGGAAACCAUACGGAAAGGAAAUGAAGUAGUGCAAGAUUUCAUAUCAAAGGUUUUAGAAGCGUAAUUGUUAAUUUAGCCGAACAAGGCGAGCUUGGACUUAAAGUGAACGAGAUGGAAAUUGUUUUGGAUGACUCGAUUGAAUGGCAUAGCAUCGGACUCCUAGGCAAGCCUCUCUUGCGCUUCCGAACCUAUCCUACACACCUCCCAUCACUAUCUCCGUCGGUAUUUAGGAUGUUUCCCGGUUACAUAACGACGCACCAGCAGGACUCGUCGCAGCCGCAGCAGUCGCACUCUUCACCACAGGAGGUCUUGAUCGGCUUGGGCUUGAGGAUGGAGGAGAUCGAAGAGGUGGUGCUGCCAGGCAUGAUGAAGGAGAUGGGUUCGAUUGACUCCUUU